AUGAGGUUCCGCGAAUUACAUGGCGAAGAAUUACCGCUUGAGAGCGAAAAGGAAGAAGUGCAACAAGAGAUUAAAUAUGCCGUUAAUUAUUAUGGUCAUGGAUUACCCGAGGGCCACGAUAUCAAUCUCGAAAAAGAAACAAGUUUUACUCGGUACGGUCAAUCGAAUAUACUUUUUCAGUGUUUCAUUGACGAAACAACAAGUGCGGGCAUUAUAACCAAGGUUGGUCACAUUCGUAUUAUUCUUCAAACACUCACGCAAUUGUACGCGGCUACAAGUCCGGAAAUCAUCGAAAAGAUUAUCGUGGCAAGUAGCUACCCAAACGGCAAAAGUCAUGGCAUUGUGGCACUUCGGCAGUUGACGUAG